AUGACCGGUAUCUCCGCUAGCAUACAGAGCGUGGUGGUGGACGUUGGCACUCGCAACACUCGUGUAGGCUUCAGCGGUGAGGAGGCACCCCGUACAAUGCUCCGCAGCUGCGUAGGGCUUCCUGGCACGAGGCGGCCGCGCCCAACGCUCCUCCAGCACCCAUUCGACAUUGCAAUUGGCGAUGCAGCCUACAACGACAGCGGCCUUCUGUCGCUCACGUACCCCGUGAGAGAGGGCCACGUGUAUGACUACAACGCACUCGAGAAGCUUCUGUUCUAUGCACUCGUGAAGGAGGCCCGCGUCACGCCAGACACAUCACCGUUUCUCUUUCUUGAGCCCGCUGAUCAGUCGCGACUCGACCGAGAGCGCCUCUGCGAGCUGCUGUUCGAGUCUUUUAACAUUCCUCUCGCAGGGCUGCUGACGAACACGGCGGCUACACUCUACUCGAGUGGGCGCACGAGAGGGUUGGCGAUUGACAGUGGCGCCGGCCGCACCUGCGUUGCAGCAGUAGAUGAGGGGUACACCUUAGCACACUCGGUGCGGUCGUCCUCUAUUGCGGGCGAGGCGCUGACCGAUGAGCUCUUUGCUGCGCUGCGAGCAGCUGGGUACCCGCUCUCCACCCCCGCCGACCGCGAUGUUGUGGAAGCCGCGAAGGAAGCGCUGUGCCGCGUGUCCGCCGAUGCGAAGGACGAGGAGGUCAGGCAGGUCGGCACGCAUUCCCAUCCCGACCCCGCCGACGGGUUCAUCCUCCCCGAUCAGGAGCGCAUUUUUCUACUCGAGCACGCCUACAAGGUUCCUGAGGCGCUGUUCGACAACACGUACCUCACCUACACCACCGCCAUGUCGGCAGGGCGACCCACCACCCCUACGGGGUACUCGCAGAGCAACCCCAUUGUGACAAAGGCGUUACGUGGUUGGGUAGAUAUGCUACGUGAUGCCGCCGCCGCCGCCCCGCGGUUCCUUGAGCAGACACUUUAUGAGAACGUCGUGCUUGGCGGCGGCAGUACGCUUUUCCCUGGCACUGAGCAGCGCGUGCAGCGAGAGAUUGCCGAUAUCGCUCCUAAAGGGGUACGGGCCACCUGCGUGGCGUUCCCAGAGCGUGGGACGGCGGCGUGGAUGGGGGCGUCCAUCUGGGGUUGCAGCAGCGUCUUCCCUGACACGUGCCUUUCCAAGGCCACGUACGACGACCAGGGCAGCAGUGUCGUGCAUCUUUACACACAGUAG